AUGGAUGCCGGCCGGAGGAAGCUGGUCCCAUUCUGGGUUCUAGCCCUGGCCCUGGUUUGCAGUCAGCACACAGGCCAGGCCCAGCAGGACACUCUGAAAUCUGACCAUGCACGUCACUCUGACUUCUCUCUCCUUCAAGGACAUGAUGCUGCUCCACUCCAUGGGGUGACCCUCAUCCCACCUCUGAAGACCAUCCCUGUGGUACGAGCUCUCAACCCAGCACACACUGGGCGGGUGUGCAGCACAUGGGGAGACUUCCACUACAAGACCUUUGAUGGUCGAGUCUUCCGCUUCCCUGGUCUCUGCAACUAUGUGUUCUCCGCACACUGUGGAGCUGCCUAUGAGGACUUCAAUAUCCAGCUACGUCGUAGCCAGGAGUCUAAUUCCACCACUCUGAACAGAGUCACCAUGAAGCUUGAUGGACUAGUUGUCGAGUUGACCAAGAGUUCUGUAUUAGUCAAUAACCACCCGGUCCAGCUGCCCUUCAGCCAGUUUGGGGUCCUCAUUGAACUCAGUAAUGGCUACUUGAAGGUGGUGGCCAGGCUGGGCCUGGUCUUUAUGUGGAAUGAUGAUGACAGUCUCCUGCUGGAGUUGGACACCAAGUACACCAACAAGACUUGUGGUCUCUGUGGAGACUUCAAUGGCAGCCCUGAGUUCAGCGAGUUCCUCUCCCACAAUGUUGUACUGACACCUCUUGAGUUUGGGAACCUCCAGAAGAUGGAUGGCCCCACAGAGCAGUGCCAGGAUCCCCUCCCUGUGCCCCAGAAGAACUGCUCCACCAGAUAUGGCAUCUGUGAAGAGAUCCUGAAAGGUCAGCUGUUCUCAGACUGCUCAGCCCUGGUGGACAUCAGCAGCUACCUGGAGGCUUGCCGGCAGGACCUCUGUCUCUGUGAGAGCCCUGACCUGUCCAGCUGCAUCUGCCAUACCCUGGCUGAGUACUCCCGGCAAUGUGCCCAUGCUGGAGGACAGCCCCAAGACUGGCGGGGUCCCAACCUCUGCUCUCAGACGUGUCCCCUCAACAUGCAACACCAGGAAUGUGGCUCACCCUGUGUGGACACCUGCUCCAACCCCCAGCGCUCGCAGGCCUGUGAGGACCACUGUGUUGCUGGCUGCUUCUGCCCUAUGGGGAUGGUACUUGAUGACAUCAACCAGACUGGCUGUGUCCCUGUGUCUCAGUGUGCCUGUCUAUAUAAUGGGACAUCUUACGCACCGGGUACCAAUUACUCUACUGACUGCACCAACACAUGCUCUGGAGGUCGGUGGAACUGCCAGGAGGUUCCUUGCCCUGGCACCUGCUCAGUGCUAGGAGGUUCACACUUCUCCACAUUUGAUGAAAGGCAGUACACAGUGCAUGGGGACUGCAGCUAUGUGCUGAGCAAGCCCUGUGACAGCAAUAUCUUCACUGUGCUGGCCGAGCUUCGAAAGUGUGGACUGACAGACAGUGAAACUUGUCUGAAGAGUGUGACACUGAGCCUGGGUGGGGGACAGACGGUUGUCAUAGUGAGAGCCACUGGAGAGGUCUUUGUGAACCAGAUUUAUACCCAACUUCCAGUGUCUACAGCCAAUGUUACCCUCUUCCGGCCUUCAACCUUCUUCAUCAUUGCCCAGACCAAUCUGGGUCUGCAGCUUGAGAUCCAGCUGGUGCCCAUCAUGCAGGUGUUCGUGCGGCUGGCACCUGAGCUCAGGGGUCUGACCUGCGGGCUCUGUGGGAAUUUCAACAAUAUCCAGGCCGAUGACUUCCAGACCAUCAGUGGGGUUGUGGAGGGCACAGCAGCUGCCUUCUUCAACACCUUCAAGACCCAGGCGGCUUGUCCUAAUGUCAGGAAUAUCUUUGAAGACCCCUGCUCACACAGUGUGGAGAAUGAGAAGUAUGCCCAGCACUGGUGUUCUCAGCUGACUGAUGCCAGUGGCCCGUUUUCCCAGUGCCACACCACCGUGAACCCUGGCACCUACUUCUCGAACUGCAUGUUUGACACGUGCAACUGUGAGAAGAGUGAGGACUGCAUGUGCGCAGCCCUGUCCUCCUAUGUGCGUGCUUGUGCCGCCAAAGGCGUGCUGCUCAGUGGCUGGAGAGAUGGCAUCUGCGCAAAGGCUACAACUACCUGUCCCAAGUCGAUGACCUACCAAUACCACAUCAGCACCUGCCAGCCCACCUGUCGUGCUCUGAAUGAGGAGGAUGUCACCUGCCAUGUCAACUUCAUCCCUGUAGAUGGUUGCACCUGCCCUGCAGGCACCUUCUUGGAUGAUUCAGGCAAAUGUGUGCAGGCCACCAGCUGUCCCUGCUACCACAGGGGAUCUACAGUUCCCAACGGCGAGUCUGUGCAUGACAGUGGGGCCAUUUGCACCUGCACCCAAGGAACACUGACCUGCAUCGGAGGUCCUGCCCCAACUCCAGUGUGUGAUGCACCCAUGAUCUAUUUUGACUGUCGCAAUGCUGCACCUGGGGACACUGGAGCUGGAUGUCAGAAGAGCUGUCACACCCUGGACAUGACCUGUUACAGCUCUGAAUGUGUGCCUGGCUGUGUGUGCCCGGAUGGGUUGGUGGCAGAUGGUAAUGGAGGCUGUGUUGUUGCUGAGGACUGUCCUUGUGUGCACAAUGAGGCCACUUACAGGCCUGGAGAGACCAUCCGCGUGGGCUGCAACAACUGCACCUGUCAGGACAGGAAGUGGAGGUGCACAGACAAGCCCUGCCUGGCCACCUGUGCUGUGUAUGGGGAUGGCCACUACCUCACUUUUGAUGGGCAGCGCUACAGCUUCAGUGGAGACUGCGAGUACACACUGCUGCAGGACCACUGUGGUGGGAACGGCAGCUCCCAGGAUGCCUUUCGUGUUGUCACAGAGAACAUCCCCUGUGGUACUACAGGAACCACCUGCUCCAAGGACAUCAAGAUCUUCCUGGGGAACUAUGAGCUGAAGCUGAGUGACGGCAAAGUGGAGGUGGUCCAGAAGGGUGUGGGGCAGGAGCCCCCGUACUAUGUCCACCAGAUGGGCAUCUACCUGGUGGUGGAAACCGACGCUGGCCUGGUGCUUAUGUGGGACAGGAAGACCAGCAUCUUUCUCAGACUCAGCCCUGAGUUCAAGGGCAAGGUCUGUGGCCUAUGUGGGAAUUUUGACGACAAUGCCAUCAAUGACUUCACCACACGCAGCCAGUCUGUGGUCGGUGAUGUGCUGGAAUUUGGAAAUAGCUGGAAGUUCUCUCCAUCCUGCCCAGAUGCCCUGGUGCCCAAGGACCCCUGCAUUGCCAACCCUUACCGCAAGUCCUGGGCCCAAAAGCAAUGCAGCAUCAUCAACAGUGAAAGCUUCAAUACCUGCCAUGCCCAUGUGGAACCCACCAAGUACUAUGAAGCCUGUGUGAGUGACGCAUGUGCCUGUGACUCAGGAGGAGACUGCGAGUGUUUCUGUACUGCUGUGGCUGCCUAUGCCCAGGCCUGUCACGAAGUGGGAGUGUGUGUGUCCUGGAGAACACCAGACAUCUGCCCAUUAUUCUGUGACUACUACAACCCAGAGGGUCAGUGUGAGUGGCACUACCAGCCAUGUGGGGUCCCCUGCAUGCGCACCUGCCAGAACCCUAGUGGACACUGCCUAUAUGAUCUCCAUGGCCUUGAAGGCUGCUACCCCAAGUGCCCACCAACAGCCCCUAUCUUUGAUGAGGGUACGAUGCAGUGUGUAUCCAACUGUACAGUCACCCUCUCGCCUCCACCACGGCGUCCCUGCCACAUCAAUGGAAAGUUGUACCGUCUGGGUGCGAAAGUACCUUCAGACAAGAACUGCUAUUCCUGCAUUUGCACAGAGAACGGUGUGAACUGUACCUAUGAUGCUUCUGCCUGUGUCUGUACCUACAAUGGUCAACACUUCCAUCCUGGGAAAAUCAUCUAUCACACGACAGACGGCACAGGAGGCUGCAUCUCUGCAUACUGCAGGGCCAACGGUACCAUCGAAAGAAAUAUCGACACCUGCAGCCCCACUACUCCCAUGCCCCCGACCACUUUCUCCUUCUCCACACCAGUUGUCAUGACUUCAAUGCCACCCUCCAGCAUACAUCCCAGCUCUGCCCCGAGAGUAGCAUACACAGGGUCACCGAGCACAGCUGCAUCAACAAUAAGCAGCAUGUUGUCUGUGAAGACGCCUGCCAGAGCCUCCACUCUGACCACGUCAACUCCUACCUCACGACUCACAUCUUCCUCAUCAGCUCCAAGUCCAUCUACUUCUGCCACAGUUAGUUCCACCACUGUUAAAACAACUCUGUCCAAUACUAGCCCAACUUCAGAGCCAACUUCAGCCACAUCGUCUGUGUCCAUCCCAACCUCAGGAUCCACCACAGCUUCUUUUGAGACGACCCAUGAAUGCAAACGAGAGCUAUGCAGUUGGACUGAUUGGAUGGAUGGCAGCUACCCUGGGCCUGAUAGAAACAGUGGAGAUUUUGACACUUUUGUGAACCUGAGAUCCAAAGGAUACAAGUUCUGUGAGAAGCCACAAAAUGUUGAGUGUAGGGCUCAGUUCUUUCCCAACACACCCCUGGAGGAGCUGGGGCAGAAUGUGACUUGCAACCGAGAGGAAGGGUUAAUCUGUUUGAAUAAAAACCAGCUUCCACCCAUUUGUUACAACUAUGAGAUCCGGAUAGAGUGCUGCACAGUAGUGGACCAGUGCUCCACGGCUUCAGCUGCCACACAUCCUACCCAACAUGAAAUAAGCACAGAAACAAAGACCACUUGGACUAUAAGCUUGCAUUCCCCUUCCAUCAAGGACACCAGUACUCACUCAGCAACCAUACACACGAAGACCUGGCUAACAGGCAGCCCACACACAGUCACCAGACCAGAGACCACACACUGCCAGCUACAGUGCACCUGGACCAAGUGGUUUGACACCGACUUCCCGGAGCCCGGUCCACAUGGAGGGGACCUGGAAACCUACAGCAGCAUCCUGAGGACGGGAGAGAAGAUCUGUCACCGGCCAGAGGAGGUCACACAGCUGGAAUGCAGGGCUGAGAACCACCCUGAGAUGAGGCUUGAGGACCUGGGUCAGGUGGUACAGUGUGACCCCUCUGUGGGCCUGGUGUGCAGGAACCGGGACCAGCAGGACAUGUCUGGGAUGUGCCUCAACUACGAGGUGCGCGUGCUCUGCUGCCGCCUUCCUGAAGGCUGCCCAACCACCACACGUGCCACGCUUUCCAGCACCCCAAGGGACACUGUCACCAGCUCAUCUCCAGGCAUGACAUCUGUGCAUACAGCAAGCAGUACAUCCAUGCCCCCAACCAGGACAACCAUUGUGGAGACUAUCAGCACCACUUCCACACCCCAAACCAGAUCAAUCUCUGGGCAGACUGCCAGCACCAUGUCCACCAGGGACACCAGGACCAUGUCUGUGCAGACAGACAGCAUGACAUUCAUGCCUAAAUCCAGACAAACCUCAGAGCAGCCAGCCAGUACCACCUACACACAUCAAACCAGCUCAGUCUCUGGGCAGACGGCCAGCACCAUGUCCACCAGAGACACCAGGACCAUGUCUGUGCAGACAGACAGCACAACAUCCAUGCCUAAAUCCAGACAAACCUCUAGGCAACCAGUGAGCACCACUUCCAAACCCCAAACCAGCUCAGUCUCUGGGCAGACUGCCAGCACCAUGCACACCAGAGACACCAGGACCAUGUCUGUGCAGACAGACAGCACGACAUUCAUGCCUAAAUCCAGACAAACCUCAGAGCAGCCAGCCAGUACCACCUACAUACCCCAAACCAGCUCAGUCUCUGGGCAGACGGCUAGCACCAUGCACACCAGAGACACCAGAACCACCUCUGAGAAGACAACCAAUAUCAUGUCCACCAGGAAAUCCAGGACCAUGUCUGUGCAGACAGACAGCACGACAUCCAUGCCUAAAUCCAGACAAACCUCUAGGCAACCAGUGAGCACCACUUCCAAACCCCAAACCAGCUCAGUCUCUGGGCAGACGGCCAGCACCAUGCCCACCAGGGACACCAGGACCACCUCUGGGCAGACUGCCAGCACAACAUUCAUGGGAAAAACCAGUGCCAUCUCUGUGCCUGGAACCAGAGCCACCUCUGCCCCUCUCAGCACCACAAGCCCUGGGCCUGAUUCUGGCAUGACGUCCUCCCCAGAGACCACACACUGCCAGCUACAGUGCACCUGGACCAAGUGGUUUGACACCGACUUCCCGGAGCCCGGUCCACAUGGAGGGGACCUGGAAACCUACAGCAGCAUCCUGAGGACGGGAGAGCAGAUCUGUCACCGGCCAGAGGAGGUCACACAGCUGGAAUGCAGGGCUGAGAACCACCCUGAGAUGAGGCUUGAGGACCUGGGUCAGGUGGUACAGUGUGACCCCUCUGUGGGCCUGGUGUGCAGGAACCGGGACCAGCAGGACAUGUCUGGGAUGUGCCUCAACUACGAGGUGCGCGUGCUCUGCUGCCGCCUUCCUGAAGGCUGCCCAACCACCACACGUGCCACGCUUUCCAGCACCCCAAGGGACACUGUCACCAGCUCAUCUCCAGGCAUGACAUCUGUGCAUACAGCAAGCAGUACAUCCAUGCCCCCAACCAGGACAACCAUUGUGGAGACUAUCAGCACCACUUCCACACCCCAAACCAGAUCAAUCUCUGGGCAGACUGCCAGCACCAUGUCCACCAGGGACACCAGGACCAUGUCUGUGCAGACAGACAGCAUGACAUUCAUGCCUAAAUCCAGACAAACCUCAGAGCAGCCAGCCAGUACCACCUACACACAUCAAACCAGCUCAGUCUCUGGGCAGACGGCCAGCACCAUGUCCACCAGAGACACCAGGACCAUGUCUGUGCAGACAGACAGCACAACAUCCAUGCCUAAAUCCAGACAAACCUCUAGGCAACCAGUGAGCACCACUUCCAAACCCCAAACCAGCUCAGUCUCUGGGCAGACUGCCAGCACCAUGCACACCAGAGACACCAGGACCAUGUCUGUGCAGACAGACAGCACGACAUUCAUGCCUAAAUCCAGACAAACCUCAGAGCAGCCAGCCAGUACCACCUACAUACCCCAAACCAGCUCAGUCUCUGGGCAGACGGCUAGCACCAUGCACACCAGAGACACCAGAACCACCUCUGAGAAGACAACCAAUAUCAUGUCCACCAGGAAAUCCAGGACCAUGUCUGUGCAGACAGACAGCACGACAUCCAUGCCUAAAUCCAGACAAACCUCUAGGCAACCAGUGAGCACCACUUCCAAACCCCAAACCAGCUCAGUCUCUGGGCAGACGGCCAGCACCAUGCCCACCAGGGACACCAGGACCACCUCUGGGCAGACUGCCAGCACAACAUUCAUGGGAAAAACCAGUGCCAUCUCUGUGCCUGGAACCAGAGCCACCUCUGCCCCUCUCAGCACCACAAGCCCUGGGCCUGAUUCUGGCAUGACGUCCUCCCCAGAGACCACACACUGCCAGCUACAGUGCACCUGGACCAAGUGGUUUGACACCGACUUCCCGGAGCCCGGUCCACAUGGAGGGGACCUGGAAACCUACAGCAGCAUCCUGAGGACGGGAGAGAAGAUCUGUCACCGGCCAGAGGAGGUCACACAGCUGGAAUGCAGGGCUGAGAACCACCCUGAGAUGAGGCUUGAGGACCUGGGUCAGGUGGUACAGUGUGACCCCUCUGUGGGCCUGGUGUGCAGGAACCGGGACCAGCAGGACAUGUCUGGGAUGUGCCUCAACUACGAGGUGCGCGUGCUCUGCUGCCGCCUUCCUGAAGGCUGCCCAACCACCACACGUGCCACGCUUUCCAGCACCCCAAGGGACACUGUCACCAGCUCAUCUCCAGGCAUGACAUCUGUGCAUACAGCAAGCAGUACAUCCAUGCCCCCAACCAGGACAACCAUUGUGGAGACUAUCAGCACCACUUCCACACCCCAAACCAGAUCAAUCUCUGGGCAGACUGCCAGCACCAUGUCCACCAGGGACACCAGGACCAUGUCUGUGCAGACAGACAGCAUGACAUUCAUGCCUAAAUCCAGACAAACCUCAGAGCAGCCAGCCAGUACCACCUACACACAUCAAACCAGCUCAGUCUCUGGGCAGACGGCCAGCACCAUGUCCACCAGAGACACCAGGACCAUGUCUGUGCAGACAGACAGCACAACAUCCAUGCCUAAAUCCAGACAAACCUCUAGGCAACCAGUGAGCACCACUUCCAAACCCCAAACCAGCUCAGUCUCUGGGCAGACUGCCAGCACCAUGCACACCAGAGACACCAGGACCAUGUCUGUGCAGACAGACAGCACGACAUUCAUGCCUAAAUCCAGACAAACCUCAGAGCAGCCAGCCAGUACCACCUACAUACCCCAAACCAGCUCAGUCUCUGGGCAGACGGCUAGCACCAUGCACACCAGAGACACCAGAACCACCUCUGAGAAGACAACCAAUAUCAUGUCCACCAGGAAAUCCAGGACCAUGUCUGUGCAGACAGACAGCACGACAUCCAUGCCUAAAUCCAGACAAACCUCUAGGCAACCAGUGAGCACCACUUCCAAACCCCAAACCAGCUCAGUCUCUGGGCAGACGGCCAGCACCAUGCCCACCAGGGACACCAGGACCACCUCUGGGCAGACUGCCAGCACAACAUUCAUGGGAAAAACCAGUGCCAUCUCUGUGCCUGGAACCAGAGCCACCUCUGCCCCUCUCAGCACCACAAGCCCUGGGCCUGAUUCUGGCAUGACGUCCUCCCCAGAGACCACACACUGCCAGCUACAGUGCACCUGGACCAAGUGGUUUGACACCGACUUCCCGGAGCCCGGUCCACAUGGAGGGGACCUGGAAACCUACAGCAGCAUCCUGAGGACGGGAGAGAAGAUCUGUCACCGGCCAGAGGAGGUCACACAGCUGGAAUGCAGGGCUGAGAACCACCCUGAGAUGAGGCUUGAGGACCUGGGUCAGGUGGUACAGUGUGACCCCUCUGUGGGCCUGGUGUGCAGGAACCGGGACCAGCAGGACAUGUCUGGGAUGUGCCUCAACUACGAGGUGCGCGUGCUCUGCUGCCGCCUUCCUGAAGGCUGCCCAACCACCACACGUGCCACGCUUUCCAGCACCCCAAGGGACACUGUCACCAGCUCAUCUCCAGGCAUGACAUCUGUGCAUACAGCAAGCAGUACAUCCAUGCCCCCAACCAGGACAACCAUUGUGGAGACUAUCAGCACCACUUCCACACCCCAAACCAGAUCAAUCUCUGGGCAGACUGCCAGCACCAUGUCCACCAGGGACACCAGGACCAUGUCUGUGCAGACAGACAGCAUGACAUUCAUGCCUAAAUCCAGACAAACCUCAGAGCAGCCAGCCAGUACCACCUACACACAUCAAACCAGCUCAGUCUCUGGGCAGACGGCCAGCACCAUGUCCACCAGGGACACCAGGACCAUGUCUGUGCAGACAGACAGCACGACAUCCAUGCCUGGAUCCAGACAAACUUCUGAGCAGACAGCUAGUAUGACCUCCAAACCCAAAACCAGAUCAAAACCUAUAGGAAAAUCUGUCACCACCUCUGGGCAGAAGAAGUCCAGCACCAUGUCUACCACAGGUACCAGCACCAUCUCUGAGAAGACAGCCAGUGCCACCUAUAUACCCCAAACCAGCUCAGUCUCUGGGCAGACGGCCAGCACCAUGUCCACCAGGGAAUCCAGGACGAUGUCUGUGCAGACAGACAGCACAACAUCCAUGCCUAAAUCCAGACAAACCUCUAGGCAACCAGUGAGCACCACUUCCAAACCCCAAACCAGCUCAGUCUCUGGGCAGACGGCCAGCACCAUGUCCACCAGGGAAUCCAGGACGAUGUCUGUGCAGACAGACAGCACAACAUCCAUGCCUAAAUCCAGACAAACCUCUAGGCAACCAGUGAGCACUACUUCCAAACCCCAAACCAGAUCAAUCUCUGGGCAGACUGCCAGCACCAUGCACACCAGGGACACCAGGACCAUGUCUGUGCAGACAGACAGUAUGACAUCCAUGCCUGGAUCCAGACAAACCUCUGGGCAACCCUUCCGCACCAUCUACAUACCCCAAACUAGCUCAGUCUCUGGGCAGACGGCCAGCACCAUGCACACCAGAGACACCAGAACCACCUCUGAGAAGACAACCAAUAUCAUGUCCACCAGGGAAUCCAGGACCAUGUCUGUGCAGACAGACAGCACGACAUCCAUGCCUAAAUCCAGACAAACCUCUAGGCAACCAGUGAGCACCACUUCCAAACCCCAAACCAGCUCAGUCUCUGGGCAGACGGCCAGCACCAUGCCCACCAGGGACACCAGGACCACCUCUGGGCAGACUGCCAGCACAACAUUCAUGGGAAAAACCAGUGCCAUCUCUGUGCCUGGAACCAGAGCCACCUCUGCCCCUCUCAGCACCACAAGCCCUGGGCCUGAUUCUGGCAUGACGUCCUCCCCAGAGACCACACACUGCCAGCUACAGUGCACCUGGACCAAGUGGUUUGACACCGACUUCCCGGAGCCCGGUCCACAUGGAGGGGACCUGGAAACCUACAGCAGCAUCCUGAGGACGGGAGAGAAGAUCUGUCACCGGCCAGAGGAGGUCACACAGCUGGAAUGCAGGGCUGAGAACCACCCUGAGAUGAGGCUUGAGGACCUGGGUCAGGUGGUACAGUGUGACCCCUCUGUGGGCCUGGUGUGCAGGAACCGGGACCAGCAGGACAUGUCUGGGAUGUGCCUCAACUACGAGGUGCGCGUGCUCUGCUGCCGCCUUCCUGAAGGCUGCCCAACCACCACACGUGCCACGCUUUCCAGCACCCCAAGGGACACUGUCACCAGCUCAUCUCCAGGCAUGACAUCUGUGCAUACAGCAAGCAGUACAUCCAUGCCCCCAACCAGGACAACCAUUGUGGAGACUAUCAGCACCACCUCCACACCCCAAACCAGAUCAACACCUGUAGGAAAAUCUGUCACCACUACUGGGCAAAUAGCCAGCACCAUGUCCAUCAGGCGCACCAGAACCCCCUCUGUGCAGACAGCUAGCACCAAGUCCACCAGGCGCCCCAGGACGCGGACUGCACAUGUAGCCAGCACCACAUCCACCAGGCACUCCAGAACCCCGAUUGCACAUAUAGUCAGCACCACGUCCACCACAAGCACCAGAACUCCAUCUGUGCAGACAGCCAGCACCAAGUUCACCAGGCGCCCCAGGACCCGGACUGCAAAUGUAGCCAGCACCACGUCCACCAGGCACCCCAGGACUCCGAUUGCACAUAUAAUCAGCACCAUGUCUACCAGGAGCACUGGAACCCCGUCUAUGCAAACAGCCAGCAAGACAUUCAUGGGAAAAACCAGUGCCAUCUCUGUGCCUGGAACCAGAGCCACCUCUGCCCCUCUCAGCACCACAAGCCCUGGGCCUGAUUCUGGCAUGACGUCCUCCCCAGAGACCACACACUGCCAGCUACAGUGCACCUGGACCAAGUGGUUUGACACCGACUUCCCGGAGCCCGGUCCACAUGGAGGGGACCUGGAAACCUACAGCAGCAUCCUGAGGACGGGAGAGAAGAUCUGUCACCGGCCAGAGGAGAUCACACAGCUGGAAUGCAGGGCUGAGAACCACCCUGAGAUGAGGCUUGAGGACCUGGGUCAGGUGGUACAGUGUGACCCCUCUGUGGGCCUGGUGUGCAGGAACCGGGACCAGCAGGACAUGUCUGGGAUGUGCCUCAACUACGAGGUGCGCGUGCUCUGCUGCCGCCUUCCUGAAGGCUGCCCUGGGACCUAUGGGACUUCCCCAGUGACAUCAUCUCACAAGCCUUCAUUUCCAGUUGUGUCACCCUCAUCUGUGUCCCCAUCCUCAUUGUCCAGCCCCAGGGUACACUCUGCCAUCCCUUGUUUGUGUAACGUGUCAGACCAUUUAUACCCUAUCGGAUCCAUCAUCUACAGCCAGACAGAUCUUGAUGGCCACUGUUACUAUGCAUUGUGCAGCCAGGACUGCCAGGUGGUUAGAAGGGUUAGUCAGAUCUGCCCCUCCACCAUGCCACCGCCUACCCCAGCUCUGUCCACCUCUACAUCUAUCAUCACACCUACCACUGAGCAGGAUAGGUGCAAUGUGUUUCCUCCAAGAAUGAAAGGGGAGACCUGGCCCAUGCCUAAUUGCUCCCAAGCUACCUGUGAGGGCAACAAUGUCAUUUCCCUGAGCCCACGCCAGUGCCCAGAAGUGAAGGCACCAUCUUGUGCCAACGGCUACCCACCCUUGAAGGUGGAUGACAAGGACAGUUGCUGCCAGCACUACCAAUGCCAGUGCGUUUGCAGUGGAUGGGGUGAUCCCCACUACAUCACGUUUGAUGGCACCUACUACACUUUCCUGGAUAAUUGCACGUAUGUGCUGGUGCAGCAGAUAGUGCCUGUGUUUGGAUACUUCCGUGUGCUCAUUGACAACUACUUCUGUGACCUGGGAGACAGUGUUUCCUGCCCGCAGUCCAUCAUUGUGGAGUACCACCAGGACCGUGUGGUCCUGACCCGCAGGCCAGUUGGCGGGAUCAUGACCAACCAGAUCAUCUUCAACAACAAGGUAGUCAGUCCUGGAUUCCAGCAGAAUGGCAUUGUCGUCUCCCGUGUGGGUAUCAAGAUGUACGUUACCAUCCAGGAGAUUGGUGUCCAGGUCAUGUUCUCAGGCCUCAUCUUCUCUGUUGAGGUGCCCUUCAACCUCUUUGCCAACAACACAGAGGGCCAAUGUGGCACUUGCACCAAUGACAAGAAGGAUGAGUGCCGCCUGCCUGGAGGGGCAGUAACCUCUUCUUGUUCUGAUAUGGCUCUCCAUUGGAAGGUGCCCAACCAGCCUUCCUGCCAAGGGCCUCCUCCAACAUCAACUUCAGUGAUAUCCAGUCCUUCACCGACCCCAUGCCCACCAUCGCCAAUCUGUCAGCUCAUCCUAAGCAAAGUCUUCCAGUCCUGCCAUGGCAUCAUCCCUCCACUGCCAUUCUAUGAAGGAUGCCUAUUCGACUUCUGCCAUGGGUUGGGUUCAGAGGUGGUGUGCUCAAGCCUAGAGCUCUAUGCAUCACUCUGUGCAGCCCAAGGCCGGUGCAUCCCCUGGAGAAGCCAGACCAACAAUACCUGCCCAUUCACCUGCCCUGCUAACAAAGUAUACCAGCCAUGUGGCCCAACCAACCCUCACUACUGCUAUAGGAAUGAUGACAUCAGCACCAGCUUGACCCUCCAAGAAGCUGGCCCCUUUACAGAAGGCUGCUUCUGUCCGGACGACACAACACUUUUCAGUACUAAUGAUUCAAUCUGCGUGCCUUCCUGCCAGUGGUGUCUGGGGCCUCAAGGAGAACCUGUGGAGCCGGGCCACACCAUCAGCUUCGACUGUCAGGACUGCAUCUGCAAGGAGGCCACGCUGACCUGCCAAAGGAAGCUCUGUCCCCAGGCCACCUGCCUGGAGCAAGGCUUUGUGCCAGUGCCUGAAGCCCUGGAGGCUGGCCAGUGUUGUCCUCAGUUCAGCUGUGUCUGCAACUCCAGUCACUGCCCUCCUCCUCUGCACUGCCCAGAGAAUUCUAGCCUGAUGGUCACAUACGAGGAGGGAGCUUGCUGCCCAAGCCAAAAUUGCAGUGGUCGGCAGGGCUGUGAAGUCAACGGGACUCUCUAUCAGCCUGGUGAUGUGGUCUCCUCCAGCCCAUGCGAAACAUGCUUGUGUCAGGCGCCCAGCAAUCCCCAUUCAGAUGUCUUUGUGAUCAGCUGUGAGACUGAACUCUGCAACACUCUAUGCCCCAUGGGCUUUGAGUACCAGUCCAAACCAGGACAGUGUUGUGGCGGGUGUGUGCAGAAGGGCUGCACCUUUAAAAACAGCAGCAGCUCUACUGUCUACUACUACCUUCCUGGUGAGUCCUGGCCAGAACCUGGGGACCCCUGUGUGACUCAUAAGUGUGAGAUGCUCCAAGAAGUAUUCAUAGUCGUGACAACGAAGAGGGAGUGCCCCAAGAUCAGCUGUCCACAGGGCCAGGUACAGCUGAGAGAAGAUGGUUGCUGCCAUGACUGCGUCAUCCCCCAGCAAAAAUGCACAGUACACCAAAGACAGCAGAUCAUCUAUCAGCAAAAUUGCAGCUCCGAGGGACCAGUGAGCCUCUCCUACUGCCAGGGCAACUGCGGGGACAGCACCUCUAUGUACUCGCUGGAGGCCAACACAGUGGAACACAAGUGUGAGUGCUGCCAGGAGCUGCAAACCUCACAAAGGAAUGUGACUCUGCACUGUGAUGAUGGCUCGAGUCGCACCUACAGCUACACCCAGGUUGAAAAGUGUGGCUGCCUGGGCCAGCGGUGCCAUGCUCUAGGCGACACAAGCUACUCAGAGUCUUCAGACUCAGUGUUCAAGUCCAAGGAAAGCAAAGAACAUGGCCAGCAGUCAGCAUUCAGGGCCAGCAAGGAGAUGCCCGGGUCUUCCCAGUAAACUGAGCAACACUGCUAUCCCAGAACACCACCCAAAGGUCCUCUUGAGGCCAGCAGGACGUGUGCUGCUUGUUCAAGUGGCUUGAAUUCCAGACAUUCCUACCCACCACUUCCUCUCCAAGAGGGACAUCGACCCCAGCUGUCCUCGGAGGGAGAGGUCCUUUCCACCAUUUAGGAGCCUGAGGGCCACUGGACUCCUUUGGAAAGAACUUCAGCAUCAAAGGAUCCCAUAAAGGAGUCACUUGCAUGCAGAUGUCAUCUGCCUGGCCUCACUCUCCCCUCAGCCCUGCACCUGUGCCCCUUUCAGGGAAUGGCCAAUUUGUUUUAUAAAUACACUCAGAGCAUUUGUGGA